GUACGCGCUCCCAGCAUCCUUUGCGGUUGCUCUCGCUUAUCCGAUUGGUGGAAUUUGAAAAUAAGUACGAGCGACAGUUUGAAAGAUGAGGCAAGACGAAUAAACAGCCGCCGAGUUAAAAACAAUAUAAUACACAUUACCCACUCACAGUCCUAGCAAUAUGAUGGAAUCAGGGCUAAAGGAUGAUAUGGUAAGACCGGAGAUGAUAGCUGCGGAAGAUUUAAGAAGAAAUCUGUCCUCAGAUUUCAGCGAGUGUUCAGAUUUCCAGGACCAGUCUGACCUGGAGAAGGAACAUUUGAAGGUGUAUCUUAGGAUAAGACCAUUUUCAUCAGCUGAGGUUGAGAAUGGAGAAUCACAGGACUGUGUGGCCAUUCAGACUCCAGAGACUGUGCUCUUCAAAGCUCCACAAUCAUCUCUUUCUGCCAGGCUCAGUGAUAAAUCAGUGCCAGUUACAGCUCAACGUUUCCAGUUCUCUCAGGUUUAUGGUCCAGACACUACCCAGAAGAAGAUGUUUGAUGGCACAGUGAAGGGUCUUGUGAGGGAUGUGCUAGAGGGACAAAACUCUCUGGUCUUUACAUACGGUAUCACCAAUGCUGGGAAGACCUUCACUUUUUUAGGUCCGGAUACUGAUCCAGGCAUCUUGCCUCGUUCCCUCAACAUGAUCUUCAGUAGUCUGGAUGGUCGCAUCUUCACCCAGAUGUGCCUAAAACCCCAGAGGUGCCGGGAUUUCAUCCGGCUCACCAAAGAUCAGCAAAAUGAGGAAGCAGUUGGCAAACGCAACCUGCUAAAGCUUUUUAAAGAGACUGAUGCACAGAAGAGUACAUCUUGCCAUAGCUUGAAGUCUGAUCUUGAAGAUGGUUCCACUCUAAGUGAUAUAAGCUCUGCAGUGAUUGAGAGGAGCUUAGCUGUGGAUCUGGAUAUACACACCAAGUUUUCUAUUUGGGUCUCAUUCUGUGAGAUCUACAAUGAGAACAUCCACGACUUGCUAGAACAGCAUUCAAACAAUGCUUCACGGAGAACCAACCUCCGUCUUUGUCAGGAUGUCAAAGGAAACUCAUUCAUCAAAGAUCUGAGAUGGGUGCAGGUGAGCAGUGCUGAUGAAGCCUUAAAAGUGAUGAAACUGGGCAAAAGGAACCAGAGCAUCUCCAGCACUAAACUCAACCUGCUCUCCAGCAGGAGCCACAGUAUUUUCUCUGUCCGGAUCCUGAAGGUGGAAGAUGUGGGAAUACCUAGUGUGGAGUCAGUUAGCGAGCUGGCGCUGUGUGAUCUGGCUGGAUCGGAGCGAUGUGCUAAAACACAAAAUAAAGGUGAACGGCUGAAAGAGGCAGGGAACAUCAACACCUCUCUACUCAGCCUGGGAAAAUGCAUCAAUGCACUCAGAAAUAACCAGCAGGCCAGACAGCACGUUCCAUUCAGAGAGAGUAAACUCACUCACUAUCUGCAGGGAUACUUUACUGGCCGGGGCAAAGCCUGUAUGAUUGUAAACAUUAACCAGAGUGCCUCCAUGUAUGAUGAGACGCUCAACGUGCUCAAGUUCUCUGCUGUAGCUCAAAAGGUGGUGGUUCUCACCACUAAGAGCAUUCCAGUGGUGGUGAAAAGGAGUGCCAGAGAGGUGUCCUUCAUUAUCAACAACGUUGAUCGACGGGAAAUGCGGCGCAGCUCGCUGGUGCAAUGGGACCCCAGCCUUGAGGAUGUCCAGGAAGAUUCUGACACUGAGGAGGAUGAAGAGGAAAGUGAAAUGGAGGACACCAUUCUGGAUGCUGAGGAAGAGGGGAAAGAGACUGUGCUGCUCGAUAGGGGGGUUUAUGAGGCCCAGCUGCAGUUUAUAGAGGAGAUUCAGCAGCAGUUGAGGAAGGAGAAAGCCGAACACUUAGCUCUCGAGGCAUGUGUUCGAGAUGAAGUUACAAAAGAAUUCUCUGAGUUGAUUUCGCAGAUGCAGGAAGAUUACAGUGAGCGCAUAUCUAGAGAGAGGGAACUGAUUGAGGAACGUUGUGAACGGAGACUGGAGAUUCUUAAAAACCUGGUGGGAAAAACAUCUGUGGAGGACGACAGCAUGAAUUCAGCUGCGACCAAAUCAGAGGAAGAGAACCAUGUCAAUGUAGACAGCAUUCUUGACUCUAUGAGCAGUGACCUGGCUGGAAUCAAACAGGAUGCCCAGGUUGCCCAGUCCUGCUUGGUGUCCUCUGACCCUAACGUCUCCGUGACACUGCUAGACCUUGAGAAAAAGGUCACUGAACUUUCAGAACUGCUCAGUGAAACUCAGAAUCAGCUGUCACUCAAAACACUGGAGCUGGAAACCCAGAGCAGACUGUCAGAUGAACUGGAGGAGGUGAAGAAGGCUCUGGAGAGCCACAAGCAAAGGGAAUGGGAGCUGAGUGAAAUGUGCAGACAAAAGGAUGAGAUGGUUUCCAAACUCCAAACAGCUCUUGACCAACAUGUAGAAAACACGGCUCAGGAUAGGACUCAAAUUGACUCCAUCAAAAAGGAGAUCAUCCAGCUUAAAUGCAAUUGUACCUGCUCAGAGCAGCGACCUGACACCUGGACUGAAACCAGAAAGCGGCGUCAGGAAAGGGAGGGGCUUGAUGGACAGCCCCCUCUCAAGAAAGGUUCCCUGGAGGACUCAAAAGUCCAAGAUGGUGUUCCAGAUAAUGGAUGUCAAGACUCCGCCCUUCUUGAGGUCAAAGGUCAGCUGGAGUGCUGCCUUGCUGAAUCCAAACAAAAAGACAAGCAGAUCACAGAUCUGGAGAAGGAGUGCCACACGUUAAAGGUUUGCAUUCAGGAUCUGAAGUCUAAACUGGAAGAAAGAGUUUCACAGGAACAUUUUCUGCAAGACAAGGUACAUCAGACAUCCUUAGAAACUAAAUCAGUGGUAACGGCAGUGGAUUGCAGCAAUUUGAAGGUAGAAGUUGUGUCCAAUUAUAGCAACACUACAGAACAUUUAAAAGGUUCUUCUCAAGAACUGGCUGCUGCCAAAUCACAAAUGGCUAAGCAAGAUCACGAACUGGGAGAGAAGAACAAACACAUCUUGACUCUUGAACAGGAAAUUACACUACUGCAACGGGAAGCAGAAACCUCCAGAAACAUAUUACCUGACUAUGAUGACCUCAAAAAAGUCAACUCUGACCUGCAGGCUGAGGUGACAACCCUUCGUGGGGUCAAAGCUGAACUAGAGAAGGCCAGAUGCCUUGAGAACGAGAAGGAAGAGCGAAACACAGCACAUCUGUCUAAAGAGGAGGGACUUGAAGACAGGGAGGUUGGGCUGACAAACCCUAACACUCUUGGAUCUAAAAACAGGGAGACCCAUAGCAAAAUAAACAUCACAAUGUCUGAAAAGGAAGCUGAGCUGGCACAGAGGGAGAAUGCCCUAGUGUCAAAGGAGGCUCAGCUCUUAGUGCUGCAGAAGAAGCUGAAGGAAGCGCAGGAGCUUCUGGAGGAGGAGGAGACGCAAGCUGUGCAGGAGGCGUGCAGGAGGGAGGCGGAGAGAAGGAGAGAGCUGCUGGCUGUGGCAGAGGAGGCCAUCGCUCAGAAAGAUGCAGAGCUACAGAAGAGACAAGAAGAGAUCAACCGGUUAAAGGAGGAGAUUAAAACUAGUGAGUGUAAAUUGAACAAUAUGGCUGUUGAUCUGCGCAGAAGGGAAGAUGAUUCAUCUGAUCUUCGGGAAAAACUCUGUGACUCAAAGAAACAGAUUCAGCAGGUCCGGAAAGAGAUCUCCUCCACGCGGGAUGCUGAGAAAUCUCUACGAAUGAAGCUCAGUGAUCUAGAAAAGACUAAAGCACAGCUCCAGAAUGAGAUCGCCAACAGGGACCGCGCCAUCAACCAGCUGAAAGCUGAACGAUCUUCUGAAUCGAAGUCAGAUGAGAAUCUGCUGCUCUAUCAGAAAGCAUGUAAAGAUUUGCAGGAGCGCGAGCGUGUUAUUGAAGACAUGCGUUUGGCUCUGACAGAACAGGAGGAAACGCAGACAGAGCUGGACCUGGAGCUGGACAACAGAGAGGCUCAGAUAAAUGAGCUCACUCAGGAAUUGAUGAGGUUGAGAGAAUUGCAACCUGAACAGAAGAACAGGAGAGAUUCCAGAUCAAUCUCUGAUGACGUUUUACAGGCCAGACAACAGACCACUCAGGCCCAGGAGAGCUUAAAGCUGGCCAAUGAAAAGCACCAGGCAGAGCGCAAGAAGUGGAUGGAGGAUAAGUUGGUUCUGAUUGGUCAGGCUAAAGAGGCUGAGGAGAGAAGGAACCAGGACAUGAGGCGAUACGCUGAUGAUCGAGAACGGCAUGCUCGCCAACAGGCCGAAAUGGAGUCUCUUGCCGCACGUCUUGCUGCUCGUGAGGAAGAGAUGGAAAGCUGGAGAAAAGAGAGAGACACACUCGUCUCUGCUCUGGAGGUUCAGCUGAAAAAGCUUAUCAUGUCCAAUGCAGAGAAAGACCAACAGAUCAAGAUCCUACAGUCCAGAAACACCCCCCAAACACCAGAGGAGGUCACUGAGGACAGCAGGACCGAGGCACUGCAGGCAGAGCUGGCUGCAAAGGAGGCAGAGAUCCAGAAACUAAAGGAACCGCUCCGUGUCAGCAUUAUAGACAGCAGCCUUCGUAGAAACUCAUCUACCCAGACAAUGGAAGAAGAAUUAUCCGACACGAAGCCUCUGAACACCAGUACACUUAAACGCACAAGCAGAGCCAGGGGAUCUGUCACCAGUCAGAGUUCGUCCGGUAGCUGUCCGCUGGUGCUAGAUUCGUCAGAGAUCUCCACGGAAACAGGCAGAUGUUCCAGGUUUCCGCAGCCCGAGAUGGAAAUUUCCUUCAGCCCUCUGCAGCCGGAUCGGUUCGCUCUUAAGCGGCAGGGUGAAGACUCCGCUGUUACUGUAAAAAUCUCCCGACCCACACGCAAGAGGAAGAGUGGAGAGAUGGAGAAGAGGAAAGGAGGCAGGAGCAGCGUGGUGAAAAAGAAUGCUUUCUCUGAACCCAGUGCUCAGGAUGGGGUGGAAAGUGAGAACAUCAGGAAUACAAGGAGUAGAAUGACUCCUCGCCUAACGCCUCAUCAGGAAGAGCCCUCUAAUUACCAGAAGUCAAACCAAAAAGGAAAAAAAGACAAAACCAUCCAGAAGAUUGGAGACUUUCUUCAGGGCUCUCCUACCUUUCUUGGAAGUAAAGCAAAGAGGAUCAUGGUAUUGAUGAGCAGAAAGUCCCCUGAUGGUGGGGCGAUGUCUCUAAAACACAAAUCCAAACGUGACAAACAAAAGCAUGACAGACCAGAUAUCUCCUCCCCAAUGAACAUACCAGCCCAUCAGAUCAUUGGCCGGAAUCCAGAGGAGAAAGAAAGUGAAAACCUUAUCAAGAAACGUCUUCGCACUAGAAUUGUGAAAUAAGCUGAAGGGAAAUGUAUUUUUAUUCUGUAUUUUGUAUGUUUUUUUUGGUUUUUUUUUUUUUGUAUUUUAAAUCGACUCCGUUUUUAAAAUCUUUUUUUUUUUUUUCUGAUGCACUUUUCAUUUACAAUAUCUAUUAUGUAUUAGUUAAAUUCUCUUUUUACUUUUUAGCAAAUAUGGCACAUCAUAUAUUAUCCUGGAAAUAAAUGUACACUAGUGCCGCUUUUAUUGGCAAGUUGAGAUGAUGGACAGUUUUCAUAAGCUCAUGUAUGGAAGAAUGAACUAAUUUUUGCUGCUCAAGUUAGAAUGGAAGUUCAGAAAUCACUACUGCACAUUUCUGACACAAGCUGUACGUUUAAACCACCGUUAUUCGUUUACAUUGUGCUUAUGCUGCCCUGUAUUUAAAUGCAAAUCUGUUGUUUCCCACUAACCACUUUCUACUUUUCAAGAUAUAAAAAUGCACACACACAAAAUAUAGCACAAAGUAAAACUUCAUGGGUUAUUGUGAUUUUAAUUUUUCAUCCCACUCUUCAACCUUCUUUUGUUCCUGUGUGUAUCACCCUGUCACAAACCAUUAAUAUGUGCCAUUCACAUGAUAAAGACUCUCCAUUACCACAUCA